AUUUGCAGCUCUCAUCGCGUGGUUGCAACCUCUCCCGAUCACCAGUCUGGAGCGGCUGCAAUCGCGAGUGGCAUGGCAUGGCAUGUGCGAUUCUCAGUCCGUGGAUGGAGCUCUGGUCUCACCUGAAGGUCGAUCGGCUCGUGUCAACCUUUGAGGAGAGUGUUGCACUCUGCUGAGGCCCGAGCGAAGUCUCCACGACGACGAGGACCUCGUUUGUCACCAGAUCGAUGGAAAUCGACCUCGAUCCUGCCCUGUGGAGCAAUCUACCCGAGGACAUAAUAGAGAUCAUCGUCCGAUUUCAUCUUCGGGCGCUUCCUACUCCCUGCCUCGCGCAGUUUCGUCUCCUGAGCAGAUUCUGGAACUCGGCGAUCCUGUCGUCCCAGUUUUACCGCCAGCUGCCUCGAGAAACUCGGGAACCGCUUCAUGACCCCAAAAGUGUCUUCUGUACAUGUGACAAAGGCUUGAUCAUGACUCUGGACACCGAAAAAUCCAAAUGGCUUCGGAUCUCGCUGGAUUUUUUCCAAAAACCUCAAUCCGUCAAUCGGCAUCUGGAUCGAGAGACGCACUCGCUUCUGGACUCGCCUCUGGACUCACUGCAGUUCGUGGCGACGGAUGGAGGGCUUCUUUGCUUGUCGACAGGCACCUAUGGCCACAUGAUCGUUUGUAAUCUGGUUACAAAGAGUUGGAAGCAUUUGUGGCUACCUCCAUCGUUCGGACAGAAGGAACGAAUACCGGAGAAUGGAUCGAGAACUGGGAGGAGAAAACAUGGAAACAUGGACGACUUCCUGGUGGGGAUGGAGGCGUCGAGAGAGACGGGACAGUACAAAAUUGUGGUCGCAGGUCUGCGCGAGGAUGCGGACGGGAAGAGGGAAUCGGCGAUUUACAGCUCUGCCACCAAGUCAUGGAAGAUGAUCGCUGCCUCGUUUAUAGAUCCCUCGCUCCUGGGUCCUGGAGAUCAGAACUACGGCCAACCUGUGAAACCACGACCGGAUCCCUCGCUGACUUGCGAUGGACACAUUUAUUUCCUGCUGAAGUACGAGCAGGUGCACACGGUGGGGAUCGUUUGGCGGCUGCUGGAUUUCGACACGAGAAACGAUUGUUGGACCAAUGUCUCUCUUCCCACGUCCAUACAGCACCAGUGGACAUGGUGGCAAGUAUCUCUGCAGCUCUUCGAGCAUCAGGGCCGGUUGGUCGUGCUGGAAUCUACCUCGUGGCGAUGGUACGAGUUCUACAUGCUCCUGGAUUUGAAGCCAACCUGGAUAAAAAUUCUGGACAGCUUGACCAGAGAGGUGGGCUCGUUCGCGUGGUUGUUUCCUUCGCGCAUGGGUUGUAGAACUUGCUUGCGCUGCGUGGGGCAGGGCCAAAAUCUGUACUUCGUGGAAGAAAACUUCGACUACGAACCCAAGAACCUCAAAAUUCUCGAGUGUAGGAUUCCUUCUGAUUGUCGUACCAAUCCUAUGUCCGUCGGACUCUGGGAGUCACAUUCGAGUGAUUUCAUCAACCAGUCACGAUGUUGGAUGUAUCAACCGUCAUUGAUGCCGGUGGUAUAAACGUAAGGAUCGAAGUGCUGCAGAUGUCAAGGAUGUCCCUAAAGAACGAAAGAGGUUUAUUAAUGAAAAUCAGGAGUUGGGAGUGCUGAUCUAUAUUCUGCUGUAAGUCAUUGAAUGAAUGCAUUUCCUAGAGAUCGGAGCUCGAGUACUGUCUUCUCUAAAUGUUAGAUCUGAGCUAUGGGAAAUUAUUGCAUUGUAUGGUUGCCAUGAUCCACAGCUCGGGAAGUCAGUCCUUCAGCAAUCUUGACCAUCCUCACAAACGAACAAAGGCGCUUUAGCAGCCUCAGUCCAGACGUGCGUAUGAGUACACAAGCGUAAAGAAUCGAAUCGUGACUUGCUCUUCCAAUUUAUUGGCGAAUUGUUUAUUUGUUGUGACUUUCAGACGGAAUUCCAGAUGUGAACAGUACGGGAGUUGAUGUAUCUCAUCGACACCUCAGGGCGCGGUGACCAUUCCCUGUUUCUCUUCAAAUAUGAUGAUGAGAUUCCUGAUGGUUCUAAUUGUUGACAACUGAAGUCGUUGCUUGCAUAGUGUGUUUAAUUAGAAGCCUUGAUGCUGAAAUCUGGCAUAUCCAAGCAUAUACCACUAUUCCCCUCGUUCUAUCUGUUCUAACUUCUAUCACGAAGUGAGAAUUACUACAAAUCUAUGAAUGCGCGCAGGUGUUAUACCCUUACCGUAGGUUUACAUAUAGUUUCUCUGGAUAUUGUGAUGGAGCGAGUUGUCAAAUGGAACUUCCGGGUUUGUUAGAGUGAUGCAUCAGUAUCAUGCUCACCUGUCUGUACAACGUCACCAAAGGGCACAGUCUUAACAGGAUCGAUGAUUGAGUGCGAAGGAGCCUGGUGCUCGGAGCUGAGAAAUAGACCGACUCUCGCACUGAUCCAAAAUAGUCUUGUCGAUGUGGUAUAGUCCAAAACUUCCAGCUGCGCUUCGAAGCGAUCUGACGAGGACACAUGAGUACGUACUGCUUUAGGUGCUUGAGUUCAUCCCUGUCUAUACGCGUUAUGGUGGUCAUAACCGGCGAAGUCCUUUCCUAUUGCUACGAUCUCAUCAUAAGUAGAGGGCAUAUCAGGAAGGGCUUGUCGGUAGCUCCUGGUCUCUAAGAAUCAACAAGUAAUGAAGCUCUGAAUAUCAAUACUGUGUAGGAGUGCCGGCGCAAUGCAGUAGACUAUCAGAUUUUAUGCCCUCUUAUUUCAUGUAGUCGAUUUGAAGAUCCGCGUGAAUGAGGUAAGCAGACGGAAUAGAAGAAUCUUCAUAAUUUUCGCGUUACCUUGCAUGCGUGGCCAAAUCACUGUUCUAUAAAAAGAGCGAACAGUCACAUUCAGCUAGUUAUCAGGACAGAGCGAAAUAUACUGUUACCUGAAAGUUGAAGAUGGAUUUCACCUGUUGGUAGCUAAGCUGCCUCGGACGCUCACCAGAUUCCCUGUUGCCAGAUAUUGGUGUUGUAGUGGAGUUUCAGGUUUCGACAGCUUGAUUCGGGUUCAGUUCUGAACACCUUCUAUCCUUGCAUGCCAUUUAUCUUGCACAUUCUCUUCAUCAGAUUCAGGAUAGCAAAGAUGGCAGAUGCUAUGAAUAUAUACAAAUCUUUGAUAUAUAUAUCUGAGUCAUGAA